AUUUGCUUGAUUAGCACUACCGGUCUGUUGAUGAGCGUCACUCGUUAGUUUGAGUUUGAGCAUAGAUAAUAGUUUGAGUUUGACUGCAAUAGAAGCUUGAGUGUCGUAAACCAAAAAUAUUUGUACUUUUAAAACACCUUAAAUAGUAAAAUGGAUUUUCCAUAUAGGGCUGAGUAUGCCAAAUCUAGCCGUUCAGGAUGUAAGGGGUGUAGAACUACGAUUCAGCAGGGUGAUCUCAGACUUGCUGUUAUGGUGCAGUCCCCCAUGUUUGAUGGAAAAGUUACUCAGUGGUAUCACAUGAAGUGUUUCUUCAAGAAACAGAGACCCAAAACAACAGACGACAUAGAACAUUUCGAGUCUCUCCGUGUCUCAGAUCAAGACAAUAUUAAGAGUCAAGUAGGUGUCUCUUCAAUAGCCAUUGUACCGGAUAAGAAGGGCAAGAAGCGUGCCGGAGAUGCAGCACUGAAAAAUGCUGCAUUGAAAGAUUUUAAGAUAGAAUAUUCCAAAUCUGGCCGUGCUACGUGUAGGGGUUGCGAACAGAAAAUUUUAAAAGAUGAGAUUCGCAUAUCAAAAAAAGAUUUCGAUACCGAAGUGGGCAAGAAAUAUGGGGGUCAAGACAUGUGGCACCACGUCACUUGUUUUGCUCAAUUAAGAUCAGAACUAGCCUUUUUUGAGUGCGGGGAUAAAUUGCCCGGGUUUAAAAGCCUGAAAAAGGAGGAUCAAGCGGUGGUUAAAAAAGAAAUCCCAGCGAUAAAGCAAGAAGAUGUUCCCGAUGCGAAGAAAAUAAAGACUGAAGAUUUUGAAGAGAACGAUCCUAACGAGAAAGAAUAUCGGCGACAGAAUAAAAUCAUGUUUGAUUACAGGGAUCAAUUAAAGAACCAAUUGAAGCCGAGUGAACUCGAGGAGCUGUUGGAACAUAAUAAGCAGCAGCCAAGUAAAGGAAAAGACGAGCUGCUGGACCAACUUGCAGAUGCGAUGUCAUUCGGCGCACUUAAACCCUGCCCGAAAUGUAAAAGGGGUCAAUUGAAAUUCAACAAAAUAGGAUACGUGUGUACUGGGGACUUGACGGAAUGGACAAAGUGUUCCAAUGUGGAGAAGGAACCGAAAAGGACUGCUUUCAAGGUGCCGGAGGUGUUGAAGGAAAAGUACCAUUUCUUGAAGGCCUAUAAGUAUGUACCCUGCAAGAGGGUUAUUAAAGAAGUUCAUUCGACAGUGACUCUGAAAAAGGAUGUUAAAGAGGAAGAGUCUGAACCCAAAGUGAAGCGGGCAUUGCCGUCACUCUACGACAUGGAAUUCGUGAUUGUCGGACAUCCCUCUAAAAGCAAGGAUGAAAUUAAGAAACUAGUGACCUCUAUGGGCGGCAAAGUAACCACAAAAAUAAAAGAAUCUGUGAUGGCCGUGAUUUCGACCGCAGAGGAAGUAGAGAAAAUGGGUGCUAGGAUGCUGGAAGUGGAAAGGUGCCAGAUCCACGUCGUGCCGGACGAUUUCCUUGACGAGGCCAAGGACAAUGCGGGCAAAAUCCCGGAUUUGAUCAUCAAGAAAAGUCUCUGCAACUGGGGUGCAGACCCUACCACUCGUGUACCAUCGGCGCCUUCGACGAGCAGCUCUAAAUCCAAGUCGGGCAGCAGGUAUACCAGUUCCGUGCCCAGCAAAGUAAAACUGAAGCUCAAGGGAGGCGUUGCUGUCGAUCCCGACUCGGGACUUGAGGAUGUCGCGCACGUCUACCUGGAGGGCCAGGACAAGUACACCGUUACUCUGGGCCUCACCGACAUUCAGAGCAAGAAGAAUAGUUAUUACAAGUUGCAGCUGCUGGCCGCCGACAGGGGCAAUCAGUACUGGCUGUUCCGAUCCUGGGGCAGAAUAGGGACCACUAUCGGAGGCAACAAAGUGGAACCGAUGUCGACUCUCGUCGAGGCCAAGAAGCAAUUCCGGUCGUUUUACGAAGCGAAAACCGGUAACGCGUGGGAGCAGCAUAAUUUCUUUGUCAAGGUACCAGGUAGGAUGUGCCCCAUCGACGUGGAUUACGGUGACAUGGACCAGAUCAAUCUGGACAUCGUGGAGGCCGAUUCGAACCUCCCCAAACCCGUGCAGGACCUGAUGAGACUUAUAUUCGAUAUCAACUCCAUGAAGAAGCUCAUGGCGGAGUUCGAACUGGACAUGGAGAAGAUGCCGUUGGGCAAGCUGAGCAGCGCACAGAUACGUAAGGCCUUUGCGGUGCUGGGCGAGCUGCAGCAGUUGAUAGAUUCGGGAAAUCCCGACGAGAUGCAGCUACUCGACGCCACUAACAGGUUUUAUACGUUUAUUCCGCAUUCGUUCGGUGUAGACGAUCCGCCUAUACUGAGAGACUCGGAAGUUAUUAAGCAAAAACUGGAGAUGUUGGACAGCUUAACAGAAAUGGAGAUCGCUUACAACUUGAUGAAAUCAUCAGGAUCCGAGCACACAGUAGACAGCUACUACAAGCAACUCAACACGGAAAUAGACGUUUUGGACCGCGAAUCCGAGGAGUUCACGAUCAUCCAAGAGUACGUCACGAACACUCACGCCGCCACCCAUUCCAGUUACACGUUGGAAAUCGAGGAAGUCUACAUAGUCAAGCGGGAGGGCGAGGACAAGCGAUUCAAGCCCUUCCGCAAGUUGCACAACCACAAACUGUUGUGGCACGGUUCUCGGGUGACCAACUUCGCUGGUAUCCUGUCGCAGGGGUUGAGAAUCGCGCCUCCCGAGGCUCCCGUCACCGGUUACAUGUUCGGUAAAGGCGUGUACUUUGCCGACAUGGUGUCCAAGUCUGCGAAUUACUGUAACACGACCGUCACGGCGCCUACCGGACUGUUAUUGCUGUGUGACGUCGCUCUGGGCAGUAUGUACGAGCUGUUCCAUUCGAAGUAUAUAGAGAAAUUGCCCAAAGGGAAGCACAGCACGAAAGGCGUGGGUGGCACGGAGCCCGAUCCGACCGGUUUUAAGACCUUACACGACAUCGAAGUACCGGCAGGGAAAGGAAUCAGGAAUUCCUCUAUCAACACGUCGUUGCUGUACAACGAGUACGUCGUAUACGACGUCGCCCAGGUCAAUGUUAAAUAUUUGUUGAAAGUUAACUUCAAGUACAAGUACUAAUACCUCAAACGGGUCUACGUAGCGCUUAAGAUUGGAAAAGUGGAAUGUUUCUUCACACUGAUAAUAAUAGUUAAGUAUAUCCUGUUUUCGUUUGUUCUUAUGUUAUUUAACUUUGAUAUAUGUAUGUUCGCUUGUAUUUUUGUAAUAAAAUAUCUAAAUUAGUAAUGUGCUGUGUUUAUAAAAUUUGGAAAUAC